AUGGAUGUAGACGCUCGAACACAAGAAACAGCGGCUGCUCUGCUCGGGGUGGCCAUGAAACGUCAUCAAGCUCCUCCUCCUGCGGCUUCUGCUGCCGAAGCUCCGCAUAACAUCAAUGAUUCGCUUCAGAGAUGGGGAACCCGUGAUGGGACGUCUGCUAGUUCUGCCCCUUCAGUUUCAUCACCGGCCCCUGCCGUAGGAGUAGCCUCGGUACCACAAGCUUCAGCUCCUACAGCUGGCUUGAUGAAUGGCGCGAAUCCUGUAGCCGCUCCUGCUGUCCCCAGAGCUCCUCCAUCGUCCCACACAGCUGGAGCAUUCGUAACCCCUCAACCAUCUCAUAUUCACAUGCCUCAGCAUGCAUCUGCUGAAUCUGCCGCAGCGUCUACCAGUUCAGUACCACUGCAUACACGUCAAGCCCAACAAGUACAAACUGCACCAAAUGGCGGUGCAGACGCCAAUACAGUCCUUUCCAUGUCGAGUAUUGGCUUUGGGAUUGAUUCCUCCGCUCACGCCUCCUGGGGCAAUGCCACGGAAGCGGCCAGUCGGGCCUUGCAAGAUGCCAUGGAACGGAGUACUUUAAGGUUGCCGAUGACUAUGCCUGCGCAGCACUUGCUACAAAUCAAGGUUCAACUGGGAGUACCGCCGAAACAACCGAACAGUACAGAACCAAUGAAUGUGGAUCUUUCGAGGCUAACUUCCAUUCUCCCACGGGCCAUUCCUGUUUUGCCAAUUCGAGUAGAUGUGGGAGGACUUUUUAUGAGAGGAGAAACCCAGGGAUCACCGUCUAUUUGUACAGCAGUGGCUUGCAUUACACUCCAAUCAAGGGCACCUUUGUCCAUGUCAGAGCAACCGGUUGCUCGAGCGUUUCAUAGUGUCCCAGCACAACCCGCACAUCCACAAAAUCCCUGGACGAACAUAGAGGUACACCCGUCAACAGCUACAGCCCCGACUACUACAGAUCCAGCGGCUUCCAAGUUUGUCAAGGCUCCAUCUCCAGCUGCCUCUUCUGGUAGUGCAGAUAUACCCCACGCACCAGCCUCUAUUUCUAGUGCGGCACCCGCCAUUUCACCACCUCCUCAAAACCCUAGUGGUCCUGCUACAGCUGCACUGGCACAAGCAUCGCCAUUAUCAUGCAUGCCGUCCGCGUCACCAUCCGUGGUCAUGCCAUUGACAGGAGAGCCUCGAGUUCCCAACGGUAUUCUACCACCUUCGGAAACUAUCAACGCGGGAGGCCCCCCUCCUCCGCCUCCUCCCCCUCCGCGGAAUGUGCGGCGCAAUACUUCCAUUGAAAUGCUCGCCAUGAUUAGUGAAGAGAUCCGGUUGGCUGGAGACAAAAAUGGCAGCACAACUGAAUUGACGCCGAAUGAAGAUGGCAUUUACAUUGGGUUGGAUGGCCAGCCUAUGGUAAUGGGAGAGGAUGGCCAAUUGCGAAAUGGAAAUUACAAUUACAAAAAGUUACCUCCAGGUGUUACUACCAAGAACAAUCGUCGUCUCUUUGUCAAGCAUUCCUACAGAGAUCAUUCCAGCGAAAAGCCGUUGCCGGAAGAAAAGGACUUGACGGGUGUGGGAUCUUCUACGAGGACGCCAAAUGCUGCCUUUCCACUGAAACUUCAUGAAACAUUGACUCAAAUUGAAAACGACGGUCACGACGAUAUCAUUGGCUGGAUGCCACAUGGUCGCUCUUUCAAGAUUCACAAACAAAAAGAGUUUGCCGAAAUCAUUUUGCCUCGCUACUUUGUCAUGACCAAAAAGUCCAGUUUUCUUCGGCAGCUCAACUUGUACGGAUUUAAUCGAUUCAGUGCUGGGCCCGACCAAGGAAGCUACUACCAUGAAAAGUUUCUGCGAGGAAUGAAGUUUUUGUGCCGGAGAAUGACCCGCCAAAAGGUCAAUGGAAACCGCAUUCGAUCGGCGGGAAAUCCCGAUGAAGAACCUGUUUUGUCAAGCUAUCCACAGUGUCCGGACGUUGGGUCCACGAUCAAGUCUCCUUCGGGUACCAUGCUGGCUGCUUCUCCCUCGGCUCCCAAUGGAACAAGCUACAGUCCACAGAGAAGUGAUGGUAUGUACGUGGAUAAUCCUUCAAUAUCUCAAGACUUCAACGGGACAGGCACCUCAUCUUCGUCCUUUGACAGCACGGUAGUGAGCUUCCCUCUUCAACUACAACGAAUGUUAGACAAGCUUGAGGCAGAUGGAAAUACGGGAAUUAUUUCUUGGCUCUCGCAUGGGCGCGCCUUUAUCAUUCAUGAUCCCGAUGCUUUUGCUGCCAAGAUCAUGCCAUUGUACUUUCACCAGAGCAACUUUUCAUACUUCCAAAGGCAAUUGCAGCUCUACCGGUUUCAACAGUUCACAUCAGGACCUGACACAGGAGCGUACUUCCAUUCUAACUUUCAACGGGGAAUGCCACACCUGUGUGCCCGGGUGGCACGUCUCCCUCGGGGUUCUAUGGGUGGCGCUUCUGGGAUUCCAAACGCCGAACCUAAUCUAUAUGCCGUGGACUCCUUGCCGGCAAUAGAGCGAGGUUCAAUUGUCAAUGCGCCCAGUGGAAAAGUCGAUUUGAUGAUGGACGACGGCAAUGUGAUGCAAACGGAGGCAAUCUAG